CUGCAGAAACUCCAGAGAUUACCCAGCUCUCAAGUUUCAUCAGCGGAUGGGUUUUUCCUUCUGGAUGUCCUGCACUCUGUGUCUGGUUUAAAGAAAGUCCAUUUGCAGAUAGACGAAUUGACUGUCGGAUGGAUUUUCACAAUCCUCUCGCUUGUCCAGGCCUUUCCCAGUCUGAACGAACUCCGGACAAAUUCCGCAGUUUCAUUUAUCCCAUUUAACAUGAAACAGUAUCUGGUGGAAUCACUGACGCAGACAGGUUGGACCCUGACUGUCUGGAGGAAGUCAGUGUUGAUUGAGCGAGACAGGAAGAGUUUCACCGAGGAGGACUUGAAGACAAUAAAGACAGAAAAUACAGAGAGUAAAAGAGCUGAAUCAUCUUCAGGACAAUCAUCCUCAGGUUAUGCAGAAGUGUUCACACCUGAAUGUGUUCAGCAAGAUGAUGAGGACAAACACAAGACUAUAUACAGGUUUGUGUGUCCACAUGCUGGUCAGUUUCAGUGCAGUCUGACCAGCCUUGUGUUUGUGAUGGAGGGUGAAGGAGAGGUGCUGUAUAACAUUGUCUCAUGGGAUCCUGGUCUGGGUCAGUUGCGGCCUGCAGGACCCUUGUACAACAUUGACUGUUCUGCAGGUUCAGUCUCACAACUACACUUUCAACACUGUGUGAUAUUCUCUGAAGAAAAUAAGGACCGUUUGGCUGUAGCACAUUUCACUGGUGGUAAUGUAGAAAUAAUACAGCCACUCAAAGUGACAGAAACUCAUGUGAUCAUUGACAUCAGAGACCUCAGCAAUUUUGGGCUCAUCUGGAUUAAAACAAAAUUUGGCUUCCCCAUUAAUGGCCAGGUUUUGCUCUUUCUUCGAUCUGUAACUGUUGAGCAGAAAAUACUUAAUGUCCACUUGCUUCCAGGGAAUGUUCCAGUAUCAGAGGUCCAGCGCUGGCACCUGGAUAAAAAAUACAUUGAGACAAGUUCAAAAUGUCAUCUGUUUCCUGACAGAAAAUACAGUCUGUGUUGUCAGCCAGAGGAUUGUGAAGUGCAACCAGUGAGUGAGAUGUUUGAGCUUGAUAAUUUUGGCCCAAACUAUCAUCCCACGUUUGAAGUGUUUUUGGAUGUCAGCAUCGAGGAGGUCAGAUUGGGUGUUUUGGACAAAACUCGAGAUGGGAAGGAAGUGUGGAAAAGACGGCGAAUCCUUCUUACAGUAGCACCAAGUAAAGGUGUAGAACUUCCUGUGCACAGAAGGAUCCCAGAAACUGAAUUUGUGAACACGCACAGAGAUAAACUCAUUGAGAGAGUUUCAUCAGUGAUGGCAAUUGCUGACAGUUUGAAGAGCAAAAACAUGAUUAAUGGUGAAAUGUACAGUAAAGUUCAUGCUGCAGAACCACGAGAGGAGAAAAUGAGACUCUUGUUGGAUGCUCUUGACUCUGGAGGAGCUGCUGUAAAAGCAGAAUUCUGCAGACUGCUGAAGGAGAAGGAGCGUUAUCUUGUAAAUGAACUGGGGCCUCAUUUAUAAAAACAGAUUUGAUCUUAGUGUGCGGAAAAUCCACUCAGAAUCAGAAAAACUGUCUUU